AUGCCGGCGACUGCAAUGAGGAGCCGUGCUUUCGACGAUGAGCAGCAAGACGAGUUCCACGAUAUUGAGGACAAUGAGUUCCGCGAUGGUUUUUACCUAAGGGAAUCGAUUCAUCUCAGCACUCGACGCCUAGUUCAAACACCAAUUAGAAUGUCCAGGUUGAGGAUGUUGAAAUCAAUAACAGCGCAACUUUUGCUAGAGAAUCUCCUGGAACCACAGAAUCGCCAAGCUUCGUUUCAGGGAAUUGGAAGAAGACUCGCAAGCAGCUCUUCUGUUCCAAUAAUUUCUGAGCCAUGUGCUUCUGUUCCCAUAAGUACAGCGCCAACACCUUCUACAAGUGUUCCGGAAUUGCCGUCAACCUUACUUCAAGUUAGAUUGACAGAUGUUACUCGCAUAGUUGCGAACUUCAACUUCCAUCAGACUGUUGUUGACAUCCGUGCUUUCAUUGAUGCUUCGAGGCCAAGUGACACCAAGGACUAUCAACUCUAA